AUGAAUACGAUACUAUACCAAGUCCAACCGGUGACAAACAUUUGGAAACAAUAUGUCAGGAUUUUGCUUGAAUUAUUACAAGAAAAGGCCAAAGAAUAUGCAGCUAGAUUUAAUGAUACAAUCAGAGAGAAAGCAAAAUCAUUGAUUGAACAGUCAAUCUUCGGAACAUCUAGUCAUCCAUGGGUUGAAUUGAAGGAAACCACCGAUCAGUUCUUAGAACGGAAUCCAUUCAUGAAUGAAAUUGAAAACCUUAAGAAUGCAGCGCUUGAAGAAUUCAUUACACGUAAUAUUUCAUUUCAAAGAAUAACAUUGGAAAAAAAACCCACAGAAAAAUCGAUCAAUACUAUUCAACAAUUUAUCGGUCAAAUCAAAACAACAUUUAAAACAGAAUUAAGUUACCAAGGCCAUGAUCUGACACAUUUCGCUAUGAUACUACCACUGUUGCAACGGAUCAUGAUCUAUUAUUCUUGUUUUAAAUUAGAAUUACCAUUAUUUGAAUUUUCAGGAGAUUUAUUACAGAAAAUUGAAGAACAUACUGUGACAACGAUUACCACAUCGACAGGAUCAGGAAAAUCUAGCUUAUUACCGGCUCUACUUAUUGCACAAGGAUAUGAUAAAGUAAUUGUCACUCAACCUCGUCGUUUACCGUGUACAAUGAUUUCGAGACGUGUUAAUGAAACCAUCGAAAUCGAUGCAAAUAAUAAAUUGGGUAAAAUAGCUGGAUGGGCUGUCAGUGGUGAAAAGGAUAAUGCAAAAGCUAACAUAGUCUAUUUAACAGAUGGUCUCCUAAAAGAACGACUUUUAUAUAAUGAAAAUUUUAUUAACACUACUCUUCAAGUAAAGAAAUCGAUGGUGUUUUUUUUGGAUGAAGUGCACGAACGCGCUGUAAAUAUUGAUCUUUGUUUAGCAUUAUUUGCUAGACUCUUCACCAUAAAACCAGAUCUUAAACAUAAAAUAAAACUUAUAAUUUCGUCAGCUACUCUCGAUAAUUCUGUACCAAAUCUGUUUCGCAAAAUAAACAAUAUAUCAUUUAGUGAAUUUCACAUGCCGAAUAUUGGUCUUCGAUAUCCUGUAAAACGCAUCCAUCGUCCAAAAGAAAAUAUAUUGGAUAUUGUACAAGAAUUAUACAAGAAACGUCAACGAAAUGAUCAAAUCCUAUGCUUUGUGAAUUCAGUUACUGAAGUUCAUGAAUGUUGUCGCCUCUUGGCGGAGAUAAGUCGUGGCACAAUCAUUGCUCAUCCAUUGGUACAAUCUCAAAAGGCUUCGCUUCAACAAUCAUACAUUGAACAUGGAAGUCUAUUCUUUUCGACGACAGUCGCUGAAACUUCCUUGACAUUUCCAGCAUUAAAAUAUGUUGUUGAUACAGGCAUGGUAAAUAUACCUAUUUAUAAUCCAGAAUCCAAGCGAACUAUCUUGGAACAAGUUCGAGCAGCUGAAUCAACCAUUAAACAACGAUUAGGUAGAUUGGGUAGAACACGACCUGGAGAAUAUUAUUUUGUUUACACUUUCAAUGUGGAAGAAAAACGUUUUCCUGAACCUCAUAUACGUCUAUCGGAUUUAACAAAUCUUGAAUUUUCACUGAGAAGAUCAACUAUUAAAAAUGGAUUAGAUUACUUGCAACGAUUUUUACCCGAUAAACUAGAAUCAAAAACUAUUGAAACGACGGUUAAAGAACUCAGAAUACUCGGUAUAUUGGGAAAGGCUCCAAGUGAACAGUUUACACAACAUGGUGAGCGUCUAGCGGCAUUGCCUGAUUUCGGCUCAUUAGCCAUGGCAAAAGCUGUAUUAUCAGCGCUCGAUGAUCAUGGGUGUGGUCGUGAUCUCAUUCGUCUAUCAUCCAUUCUAAGCGUUUUGAAUACAACAACUAUGUUCAAAGAUUUACCACAGAAUGUAAAAAGAAGCCCGUACGGUGAUUUCAUGACAUUACUGAAUAUUAUGAAUGAAGUUUUAUCAGUCAAGAAACGUACUGAGUCACAAAAAUUUGAUCUGCAGCGUGCAUGUGAAGAAAAAGGAUUAUCUAAGGUUGCCCAUAUUAUUGAUCACGCGAUGAAACGUCAUGAUACUUUACUAAAAGAAUUCAGUAAAUCGCAAUUAUUUUCUCAUUUAGCUAAAUCUCGUUCUACAAAAUGGGAAUUUAUAGCAAAAUCAUUGCUGGCUGGGUAUUCGGAUAAUGUAUUUGUUUCAAUGAAAGAAAUACAUGAAAAGACUCAUCGAUUUAUUAGAUAUAACAAUCCAGAAGAUAUAGCUAUUUUAGAUCUUCGAUCGACACUUACGCGACCGAUAAGUCAAGCACCCGUUAGUGUCGUGUUAGCAAGAGAUAUUCGCUACACAACGGCCGUUCGUUCAACAGCUAUUCUAUCGUUUGUAGGUGAAAUAAGACCAUCAUGGAUUAAACUUGAAGUGGAACGUAAAAUUCAAAUUAGUCAGAAUGAAGACAAUCAUUUAAAAAAUAAGGGCUUUUGGCCUCGUAUUAAGUCAGUGCUAAAGACAUUGGUAGGUUUGGGAGAUAAUAAAAGUGUUGUUUCACUGUCUGGAACAACCGGCACUGUUAUUAAUGAUGAAUUUCAUUUGAGAAAAGAAAUAGUAACUACUUUGAAAUUCGAAUUGAACAAUAUUUGUCAACCAAAUACGACUGCAUAUGAUAAUUUAUCUCGAAAUCUUGAAAGUGUUACAAAAAUGACAAAAAUAUUCGAGCCAAUGAAGUGGCGUUGGGAAGCACAGAAGCAAGUUAAAAUCAUUGUUACUAAUGAUCCAGCUAAAAAGACUUGUGAAAUUUCAGUUGAAGGAAGAGACUCGGAAAAUCAAAAUGUCAAAAAAGAGUUUGAUUCAUUCUUGGGUUGGUUAAAAAACACUGUGGUUAUUCGACAUCCAGAUGCAACUGUUUUACCACGUCUACUACAUCCUAGAAUGCGCCAACGGUAUUCUGAAAUAGAAAAGAAAAUAGCUCAUAUAACUGAUAUUGAAAGAACCAUAAUUGAUCUAUAUAACGACGUCAAAGGAACGAAUGCUACUCGUGAAACACGGAUGGAGGUAGUUGCUUGGAUAGCUGUAUGCAAAUUUCAUUGUAAAUUAGAAGGUGGUUUCGUUCGAGAUUGGAUAGUGGGUGAUUAUGUGUCGCGCCCAGCUGGUUUAGUAAAUAAUUCACAAAGUUGGAUUCAAUAUGUGACAAACAAAGAAGGAAACGCUGUUCCAUACGUACAUAAGGAGGUUGUUCCAUCAGAUUUAGAUUGUCAUCUACCUGUACACAAAUACUUUGACAUUGAUAAAUUUCAAGAUGAACUAUAUAAAUUCAAUAUUGAAUGUGAAUUUAUUCGAGAAGAUUGGAGAUAUGUACUUUUGAUAGAUAAAAAUGUACCGACUGGUCCAUUUACUAUGGAUCUAAUUGAGCCACAUGUUGCGCUAACGCAAGAUCGAAUCGAUUUUGAUGUUAGUAAUCUUGCAUUGGAAAGACAAUACCCACAUGAAUUGGGAAUGCGUAUUGAUAUAACAAAACCGCCAUACUCAAUCGAAUUAGAAUCCAUUGUGGAGAAUAUUAAAAGCAAACGCUUUCGAAUUCUUCGUCCAAAUGACUCACAGGUUGAAGAACGCAUAAAGAGAAUGAAUUUACGUGGAUGGGCACAAGUUGGAGAACCAUUAAAUAUUAUACUACCACCUCCUCCUAAACAUUAUGCAAUGCUUGUUCCGAUACCAAAAACAUCGACACUGUAUAAAGCAUUAUCACAGGAGAUGAAGAAGAUUGGGAAUUCAGUACAAAUAGUAUCAAUAGAAGAAAUUAAAAAUCCUCUUUUAGAAGAUACAUAUGAAGCAAUGAAAAAAAUGAUUGCAAAACAAUGUAAAAGCCGAGGUUAUGACCCAAAUGAACACAAGCUAUUUCAUGGAACACGUGGUCCUGGGAUCGCUGGUAUAGUUGAAGAUGGCUUUGAUGAUAGAUUUUUCGAUCCGACAGGAGCGUGGGGUCAUGGGGCUUAUUUUGCUGAUAAUCCUGCUAAAUCGUACAAGUACUCAACUAGUGGAGGAGCUACACAAGGACUUGUGAUGUUUUAUAAUAAAGUCAUAUUGGGAAUAGAGUCAGUGCAAAAUACAGUUAACAAAAAAUUGACCUCAGCACCACAAGGAUUUCAUUCUGUGAAAGGAACAGCAUUUCAAUUCACUGAAUAUAUUGUCUAUCGAUUUGGUCAAGCUUUACCAUACUUGAAAAUAACUUACAAAGUCUAA